UUUUUAUUAUCAUUUUGUUAGAAAAUGUGGAUUUUCAAGUUUUUUGUUUUUUGCAUAUUUUUAAUUAUUUGGACAAGUGCUGAAGAAGAAAUUAGUCUUGAUAUUCGUCAAGGGACGCUAAAAGGAUUAAAAGCAACAACAGUAACAAAUGGUAAAACUUAUUUCAGUUUUAAAGGAAUUCCUUAUGCACAACCAAAUGUUGGACCCAAUAAAUUCAGAGCACCUGAACCACCGGAACCUUGGCAAGGAGUUUUAGAUGCAACGAAACAUGGCUCGACAUGUGUCUUUUAUUGUCAUAUUCGUCAAGGAUUAUUUGGAGAUGAAGAUUGCCUUUUUCUCAAUGUUUAUUCACCGACUAUUGAUAAAAAUGCACGAAAAGCAGUUAUUGUAUUUUUCCAUCGAGGUGCUUUCAAUUCUGGCUCGGGAGAUGACGAUCUCUUUGGCCCUGAUUUUCUUAUUGAUGAUGAUGUCAUCCUCGUUACUUUCAACUAUAGACUUGGUGCACUUGGUUUUUUAAGUACAAAUGACGCCAACGCUCCAGGAAAUGCUGGUAUGAAGGAUCAAGUCAUGGCCCUUCGAUGGGUUAAAGAAAAUAUUCAAAAUUUUGGUGGUUGUCCGAACAAAGUUACAAUUGCUGGAGUCAGCGUUGGAUCAUCUUCCGUUCAUUAUCAUAUUCUUUCUCCUAUGUCAAAAGGUUUAUUUAAGAAUGCCAUUAUGCAAAGUGGAACCGCUUUAGGCGGAUAUGCAAUUAGUCACAAUGCAAAGGAAAUGUCUUUCAAAUUGGGUGAAUAUCUGGGUAUAAAAACCACUGAUUCGGCAGAGCUUGUCAAAAAAUUGACUGAAUUUUCAGCAAAACAACUUGUCGAUGCAACAGCAGAAAUUAGCAAUAAUAAUUUGAAUUUAUUGAAUGGUCGAAUGAGUGCAUUUGUACCUGUAAUUGAGCCACAAGCAGGUCAGGAAGUAUUUUUGCCAACCGAUCCGUGGGAGUUGAUGAAAUCCGGUAGCUUUUCCGAUAUUCCCUUAAUUAUUGGAAUGACUUCAGACGAAAUGAUUUUCAUAACAAAAGAAAUACUACCAAAGGCGGAUGAAAUUAAUAAUCAUUUUGAAUUAUUUGUACCCGAUAGUCUUAAUAUUACGGAUGAUGGAAAACUCAAAGAAAUUGCAGAAUCAAUAAGAAAAUUCUAUUUCGAUGGGAAAGCUUUUAAUUCCCAAAGCGUUUCAGAAUUUGUUAAAUUAACGUCUGACAUUUAUUUUACUUAUGGAAUUGCGUUUGUGUCACAAAUGAUGGCAGCAAAGAAUAAGCAACCAAUUUACGAAUAUUUAUUUACAUAUAAUUCACCAGCUGGUUUUGUAAAAAAUAUAUUAAAAGUAGAAGAACCUGGUGUCUCGGAUGGUGAUGACUUAAAUUACGAAUUUUAUUCUAAAUAUUUUAAUAACAAGCCAGAGCCAGGUUCAACUGAGGAGAAAAUGACAAAAACAUUCACGAAACUUUGGACAAAUUUUGCUAAAAAUGGGAAUCCUACAAGCAAAUUAGACGAUGAUAUCACAGUAAAUUGGGAACCCACAGGUCCCGAAGGAAAUUACAUGAAUAUCAAUGUGCCUUUGAAAAUGGAGAAAGAUCUUUACAAAGAUCGACUGAAUUUUUGGGUCAAUAUUUACAAAGACAUAUUAGGAGAACAUUUAAAAUUAUUUCAAUAAGUAGAUUUUUUUUCAAAUUUCACCAAUUUUUGAGUAAUUUAUUUUCUUGAUGGACAAAUGAAAUAGAAUAAAAUUAA